AUGUCCAACUCACCUUCCCCCCCUGUGGAUUAUGCCCAACUCACCUUCCCUACUAUGGAUUAUGUCCAACUCACCUUCCCCACUGUGGAUUAUGCUCAACUCACCUUCUCCACUGUGAAUUAUGUCCAACUCGCUUUCCCCACUGUGGAUUAUGCCCAACUCAAAUUCCCUACUGUGGAUUAUGUCCAACUCACCUUCCCCACUGUGGAUUAUGUCCAACUCACCUUCCCCAUGUGGAAUUAUGUCAACUCCCCACCUUCCCCACUGUGGAUUAUGUCCAACUCAUUUUCCCAUGUGGAUUAUGUCCAACUCACCUUCCCCACUGUGGAAUAUGUCCAACUCACCUUCCCCACUGAUGAUUAUAUCCAACUCAUUUUCCCAUAUGGAUUAUGUCCAAUCACCAUCCCACUGAGGACUAUGUCAACUCACCUUCCCAUUGUGGAUUAUGUUAUUCCACCUUCCCAAUGGGGAAAUUAUUGUCAAUUCACCUUCCCCACUGUGGAUUAUGCCCAACUCACCUUCACCCCACUGGGAUAUGCCAACUCACCUUUCAACUUUGAUUAUGUCCAACUUACCUUCACCCACUAUAGAUUAUGUCCAACUCACCUUUCCCAUGUUGGAUUAUGGCCAACACACCUUCCCCACUGUGGAUUAUGUCCAACUCACCUUCCACACUGUGGAUUAUGCCCAACUCACCUUCCCCACUGUGGAUUAUGUCCAACUCAUUUUCCAAUGUGGAUUAUAAACCAACUCACCUUCCUCACUGUGGAUUAUGCAACAACUCCAUUCCCCAUUGGGAUAUGGCCAACCCCACAUUCCCACUGUUGGAUUAGUCCACCCCUUCCACACCUGUGGAUUAAAUGCCAACUCACCUUCUGGGAUUAUGUCCAACUUACCUUAUUUUCCAAACUUAGAUUAUGGUCCAACUCACCUUUUCCCAUGUUUGGAUUAAAGGGCCAAUCCCACCUUCCCCACUGUGGAUUAUGGUCCAACUCACCUUCCACACUGUGA